UGAAUCUCAAUCACCUCAACUCUAACCAUUAUUUUACAUUCUAAUUAAACCAUGUCUUCCUCUGCCUUCAAAGUUCUAUCACUAGUCCUUUCUGCUUUUGCCAUUGUGCAAAUGACAAUUGGUGGUGACCCUGACAUACUCACUGAUUUCAUUGCCCCAGCUAAUGGCAUAAUUGAUGGAAACUUCUUCACCUUCACAGGCUUUCGUGCACUUUCAGGACAAAAGACACCACCCCAAGCCUUCAAGGUAAUCAAAGCAAGUGGGGCAGAGUUCCCUGCUCUUAUAGGCCAGAGUGUGUCCUACGCUGUCCUUGAAUUCCCUGCUGGAAGCAUCAACCCACCCCACACUCACCCUCGUUCUGCUGAGCUUCUCCUUGUUACUCAAGGUUCCCUUCAAGUUGGGUUUGUGGACACAACCAACAAGCUCUUCACACAAAGCCUACAAGCAGGGGACAUGUUUGUUUUCCCAAAGGGUCUUGUCCAUUUCCAACACAAUGCUGAUGCUAACAAACCUGCUCUUGCUCUUUCCGCCUUUGGCAGCGCCAACGCCGGCACCGUCUCGCUUCCCAACACGCUCUUUAAUUCCUCCAUUGAUGACACUGUUCUGGCCUUGGCCUUCAAGACUCAGGUCUCCACUAUUCAGAGUUUGAAGAAAGCAUUUGCUCCUUAAGCCCCAUGAUGGGUAGAACAUGUUGUUUUCUUCCAUUUUCUUGUUUGUGUUCAUUUGUUAUUUUUUGUACAAUAAGUGCUGCUAUGUAGUAAGUGCCUAGCCGCAAACUUCUAUUUAUUGGUUUAAUAAGUUGUUAUUUCCAUUUACCUAUUUCACGGAAUCUAUAUAUAUUAAAGCAUUAACAUUUCAA